AUGAUGAGUAGCUUUGCCAGACGCAACGAAGGGAAUGAUGCAUAUCUCAUGGGUCACCAAAUGGCAGUCCCAGGAUCCUAUGGCCAGGAUGGCCAUGACUUCAAGCAAGAGAGCCACGACUUCAAUGCACAUGGAUCCGCCGCAUACCACUUUCCUCUACAGUCCUUCAACCCCUACGGCUCUCAAUUUGGCCAGCCGUAUGGUUCACACUCAAGCCUCUCCCCUGGGUUACAACAUCUCCAGUACACUUCCGAGCAUUCAAUUCCGUCCAUGGCCACUCCCGAAGAUCCUCGACUACAUCAUUCGCCGCAGUAUAUGACCCAAUCGCGAUACCUCCAAGCAUCCAGGUAUCUCCCACGGGAUCCACUGGGGGACACGGAGAUUGAAAGCCAAGAAUCCCGCAACGAGGCGACUUUGCUGUCCGAAGCGGUAGUGCCCCCUCUCAGUGGCUUCCCAGAUGUGAAGGAGUUUGAUCAACUCAUGCAGAACUAUGUUGAGGAUCUCUCUGUUAAAAAGCAAGACAAAGCCUUGAUCUAUGCGAAAAGAGCCCGCAAUAUCCGGACUGUGCUGAUAGACCCCAAGGAUACGGCGGUCGAGUCGGCUCAAUUUCGGGUUCCGAAAGAGCUGAUCUCUCGGUUUGUCAAGAUCUGUCCAACCUGCCAGGUACGACGUGGAGGCUCGCGUUUGACGCCGCCCAACUCACGAAGAAGCUCCCCCAGACUUGACAUGGUCCCUCGGUCUCCCAAGCUCCCGUCGCCCCCAAUUUCGCGGCAAGAGUCUAACUUCAACGGCCAGCUGCCGCUGGAUCGGACAUCGGACUUCUUCGGCCAUAUACAUGGCCAUAAUGGCUGGUUGGACAGUCAUCUAGGAGUCCAGGGUCGGUCAACGCUCGGCAAUGGAGUUCGAUCUUACCAGGGCUCGAUGAGCAACCUUUCACACUCGAUCGCCAGCACAUUGGAUCCUUUUUCUACUGAUCUUUCCAUUCCUCCAUCGCAGUUGAGCUACACAGGCUAUGUUCCUGCUCAUACCCCAUCCCAGAGAGACUUCUGA